GUUACUUAUACACAUGUACAUAUAAUAAUGUAUAAUUCACAGAGUAAAUCUCUUACAACUGCUUCUACUAUUUGGUAUAAAAUCAUAAGGCACUUGAAAUUAGCAUAUUUUUUCCAGCAGUUUGCAGUUUUAAUUAUUGAACUUGAAUAUUAUUUUCAUUGUUUGGAAAAAAAAUACUUAGUUAAAUAAAUUACAAACACAAAUUUACCUUUGAAGAAUUGAAGCUACACUACGCCCGGUCAAUCUUCACAAAUUUAGAGAAGUUAAGAACUAAUCAUUUGAAUGUAUUGUCUUGGGCAUAAUAGUCCAAUAAUUCUGAAAGUACAGAAAUGAAUGAACACAGGGAAAAGUGCUUUAGAAUGCUGAGGAUCACCUGUAUCUUCCAUUUCUUUCUUAUUUAAUGUACUGUAUUGUGGCUCAAUAUAUGAUAAAUGCUGGGCAGUUUUGCUACCUGCAAUUCUAUUGUAUCUAAUUAACAUUUGUACUGAGAGAUAACCUGCAGAGUUAGGCUUUCUUUUUCAUAUUUCUAUAAAAACACAUUAGAAUAUGAACCAUAAAAUACCUUUCAGCAUACAAGUCUUUAAGUUAGGUAAUUUGUAAAGAAACAAAUUACACUAAAAUCAUUAGAUCUAGUAAAAUUUUCUUUUGAAUAAGCCAUAUAGUUUUAUUUUUCUUUUAAGUAGUGUUAUAUUAAGUUUCAUAAUAUGGCCAAAAAUUUUUGUUAACAAAAAGGGUACCCAACUAAUAAUGAAAUAUAUUUUAAUCUUUAUAAGUAGAAUUGUAAGAAAGAUUAGUUAUACUGGUUGCCAGGUUGAUCUUAGUUUCAUUCUAAGUACAUAACCUGCUCUGACUGUAAGUUAAUAUUAAUACUAAUAUGUAUGAUUAAAGUUUAAUCCUGUAUUUAAGAAUAUAAGUUAUAGAUACACAUUCAUUAAAUUUUUCAGUAUACUAUUUGUUGUAGUGCUACAUAAUAGUGAAUCCAUUCAAAAUGCUUAUAUUGUUUCACCUUUAUCCUUUUUUUUUCUUAUGAGAAAUCUUGCAACAUACAGUUUUCGAUUGGAUAGGUACUGAAGAAAUGUGUUAUGCGGUCAAUAUAGUGAUUCUUGAAAACAUAGUGUACAGUGCAGUGUUGUUAUAAUAACUAGGUAGAAAACUGUACUGAUUGCACAGAAAAAUAUAUUGAAAUUACAUGUACCAACAAAAUGUCCAAGAACUGGUUGACUAAAUAAAUGUUCAACAAAGGUUAUACUUCACUUGUAAGCUGUGGAUUUAAAGCUUUUGUUAUAAAUUGAUUGGCCAAAAAACGAUAGAUUACACAUUUUUCUCAUCAGCAGAGUAUAUUAAAAGAGAGAAUUUGGAUUUUCUCUGAUGAAUACGAAAGAGGAAAUUGUUAAGAUACUGUUUAGAAAUUCUCAGGAAAUAAACCAGCUAUGUGAGGAAAAAUGUAUCCUUGAAUUGUAAAUGGAAAUACGAAGGAGAAAAUGAAGCAUUGUGUUAAAAAUUGUGUGGAAGAAACCAGCUAUGUGAGGAAAAAUGUAUCCUUGAAUUGUAAAUGGAAAAUACGAAGAAGAAAAUAAAGCAUUGCAUUAAAAAUUGUGUGGAAGUCUUCGUUACUGUAUAUAAUAGUAUGUAUACAACUUGUCAGCAGUUACUGUGAAAGAGAAAAUGGAUUGAACAAAAUGUUAUUGACAGUAUGAAAAAAUCUGAAUAGGUUGUUGUUUCACUAGAUGUCAAAGGAAGAUCCCUUGGGAACAUUCAGUUUUGAAGUACUUGAAUGAAAUCACUAGUGAAUACCAAAGAAACAAUAAUAUAUAUAUAUAUAUAUAUAUAUUGAAUUUUUCAUUUACUAAGAGGAAUGCUGGAAUUCCACAAAUCCAAAAACAAAAAUUCUAAACAGAAUGAAACUAAAGUAGAAUAACCAAUAAAACACAUUAGUGUAUCUUGAAAUAGUUCAUCUGAAUGUAUGUAUUAUUAUGAAAUGUAUGUAUUAUUACUGAGAGACACUGCCAGGUGAGAAACUGAUUAUCUGAAAUGUACUAGAAGAUCCCUUCAGUUUGAACAGAAGUGUAUGUGCUUAGUUAAACCAUCAGUGGGAAAAUCUGAAGAAGAAAAUAAACUAUGCCUUGUAAGCCAGUCAUAUUUUAGAGAGGAAAUUAGAGUGACUGCAAAUCUAGAAGUUUCAACAGAAUAAUGCCUAGUAUUGUUUUCAAGAUGGGACAUAAAGAAAGAAAACUUGUUUAGCUAGAUCGACUGAAUGAAGGUGACAAUGUGAUAUAUGAUUAUAUAUUUGUUUUUUGAAACUUAACCAUGGACUCAGAGCUUUUGACUAAAACAUUGAAUUAUCAUGGUCAAGAAUUGCUUAAUGCUCUUGAGAAUGAACAAGGCACUGAGAGACUUCGAAGCAUUAAUCUUCGAAAUGUGGAUUACUUUGAGUACCACACAAGAGCCAAAGAAUCCAGUCUUCAGGAUCGUAGUUGGAAGAUCAAGUUACAUGACUUCAUUGCUAAGAAAGCUGAUAUGUUGUUUAAACCACUAGAACAGCAUGAUAUCACCAUCUUCACUGAUGCUGAAAAUGAAGAUCUCUGUGCUGUUAUGCCACCAUUAGAAAGUUUUAUGGGUGUUCCUGGAAAUGAACGAAAAAAGCAUUUCUUUGAGAGUGUCAAGAAAGGUGAUAUAAUAAUAGGAUACAUAAGUGGAGUUCAAGAAAAUUGUUUUAAAGUUACUGUGACAUGCUUGGAUAUGGGCAAAAAACGAGAAUUGUCUGAUCUUGGGAUUAAAGUAUUCUGUCCUCUUAAUCAAUUAUCAGUAUCUGUGCAUGACAACCUCUUUGGUAUGUACCAGCUGAAAGAUCUGGUGAGAGGGGUAGUAAUAAAUGUUAUUUCUGAGCAUCAAAAAAUUAUCAUAUCACUGAAGAAAGAAGCUCUUCCUCCAGAAAUGCAGCAAAAAAUUAAAAUGGGGCUUAUUAGUGAAGAAGAAAUUCCAUCACAUCACCAAAGAAUGAUUAAAAGCCAUGGAAAAACUUACUCAGAUGUACUAGAACAAACCUUGGGUUUUAACAAUCCAACUACAGUAACUCAUCUCUGUCUAUGCCUUGGGAUUCCCUCGUGGAAGAUGUGUUCUCUUAUGAGAGGUAUUUAUAAUAAAGAAUAUCCAAGAGAAGAGUUUGCAGUAGCUCUGAGAAGACUGCAGUCAGCCAAGUGGGCUCAUAGAAGUGUAAAAGAUGGUGUAGCCCACUUCAAGGCAGGAAACCAUACCGAGGCUUUUCAAUGUCUGAACAAAGCUCUUCAAAUUGAUACUGAAAAUGUAGAGGCCUUGGUUGCUCGUGGAGCUUUGUUUGCUAACAACAAUAAUCUUCGUAGAGCGUUGGAAGACUUUGAAAGAGCAAUGGGCAUUAAUCCAAAUCACAACAAUGCUCGUAAAUACAUGUCAGAAACAUUAGUGGCACUUGGGAGAUACUAUGAGGAAAAAGGAGAAUUAGAAGAAGCUUCUAAGACAUACAAGAAAGCUAUACAUGCAAACAUGAACAAUAUGAAUGCUCGAGAUGCAUUAUUAUCCUUUGAAUCUAAACAGAAAGAAAAAGAACUUUCUAAAUCAAGGCUUUCCUCACCUGUAUUAUGCACUAGCACUCAGAGUUCACCCAAUACUGUAUGUGGUAAUAAUCUAUCUUCAGCAGUAGAUACCAGGGAAAAGCUAAAACAAUUACUAAAAGAAGAGAAACAAGAAAGAAUUAAAAGAAAAAGGAAAGGUUCAGAUUCAAGUUGUCCAUCUGAGAACUUAGCCUCACCCUGGUCUCAGAGCCCUUCUCCACGUCUAAAAGUAGGAGAGAGAGGUGAUGAAACUUCUCAUAGGCAUAAAAAAUAUAUGCGAGAAGGUAGUAUAUCUCCUCAUCAAAGAAGUAAUAUUAAAGAUAGCAGCCAAAAGUCUGCCAAUACUUACAGAAGAGAAAAAUUCCAUCAAGAUUUUGAAAAUAGGGAUUAUAAACAGAGAUAUCAUGAAGAUAUAGAUAAAUGGGUAAAAAGAAGUGAUUUAGAAGAUAAAUUUAUAACAUCUCCAUCAAGGAAAAAGCACAUUUUGAGUGAAGAAAGACAGCCUGAUAUCUCCCUUGAAGAACGGUUAAAAAGUUAUUACAAAAAACUUGUCCAAGAAGGUACAUCAUCUAGCAGGAAAGAAAGCUACCACUCUGAUCAUAACCUGGAAAAAAAACAUCAUACUUACAAUCAUUCCCCAGAUAAACAUCAUUGGCCUAGAAAGCACAGUAUAUCUCCUGCCUCAGGCAGUGGUAGGUUACAUCAUCUUCACCCUGAUUCUUCUAGCAUCCAGAAACGUAACGAGGAAAAACAUUCUGAAACUCAUACAAAAGUUCGAAAGCCUUCCCCAAAAGUGACGUUUGUGAUGAAAGCUGAUGAGGAGUUACCAUUUUCAAGGAUUUACAGUCAGACUAAAUUUGAGGAGCCUGAGAUGUAUAAUGUGAAACCUAAGAAACAUUUUGUUAAUCGGUCAGAUGAAUAUGAUCAGGAUGGCCAUGAACAAGCAGUACUGAAGUACAAGAAAAAACUUGAUCAACACUCCAACUCUUCCAAAGAUUCUGAAGAUAUUAAGAACAAAAAAUUAAAGAAAGCUCAUCAUACAUCAGACCAAGCUAGAGGAGGUUUACAGUUUCUAAAGGAGUAUUAUCCAAGUGCAGAUAACAAGUCUUCCUGUUCAGAAGUUGAAAAAGGAUCAGUUUUAAAAAAGAAGAAAAAGAAGAAGAAGAAGAAAAAGAAAUCAAUACAUAGUGGAAAACAAGAAGCUUCAAAAAAAGGCAAAAAGAAAAAAAAGAGUAAAGCUCACAGCCCCAGUAAUAGUUCAGAAAGUGAUGGUGGUAGUAGCAGCAGUAAAGAUGGGAAGAAAAGUCUGGACAGGCACAUGAAAUACCACAAUAAAGAUCAUAAUACACAUAAUGUUUUUCCUGGCCCAUCUAGAGGAUUUCAGAAAAGCCAUACACAGGUUUACAACCAUCAUUUACAGUACAAAUAUCCUCCUCCAGAAAAAUAUUACCGUCCUUACAACCGUUAUUACCAGAAGGCUAAAUUUUUCAGGAAACCUGUAAAACCAUCUUAUCACCAGCGAAGUGCACAUUCUUGGAAGAAAACAGAAGACAUCAUUUGUCGUGCCCCUGAUCCAGAAAAAUUGAAGAGGAUGAAAGAAAGAGCAGAGCGUGCUAGACAAGAAAAAAUUCAGAAACAAGAAAGUGAAUCUACAUCAGCUCUUAAAAUUACAAAGGCACAUGUUAUUCAAAACUGGAUGGAAACAGAUGAUGACAAAAAAGGUCUAAAGGCUGCAUUAGCUGCUGCUCAUAAAAUCAAUGAAGCACUAAUGGGAAAUUCUAAUCAGUCAACAUCAACAGGACAAAGUACAAACACUUCCUUACCUGAAGAUGAGUCAUUAGAAAUAGGUCCUCUAGGAACAAGGAGAAAAAUAAAGCAAAGGGAAACUUUACAGCAAAUGGAAAGUUUUCUACAGCAGCUUAAAGAUCAGAAAAAAGCAGAAAUCCUGGCAAGUAACCAAGAUAUUAAGAAAAAAACUUAACAUAUUGUUAAAAAACACCUAUAAAUGGAAAGUUUAGCUUAUUUCAAAAUAAUGUUUUCUUCAAAUUGACAAAGAAUAAAGUUUUUAAAGUACCUCCAAAUUUAUUUUGUGACUAAUAUAUUGUAAAACUAUAUAGGUGUAAUAAGAUAGUGAAGAUUAACACACAGAUCUAUGACAUGUAUUUUAUAAGUUCUAUUUGUAUGAAAAUGGUGUAGAAAAGUUAAUAAUCUACUUUAAUAUGUCAGUUGUAGCUCAAAAAAAUAGAGUAAGAGGCUUAAAAACAUGGAAACAACUUGUAUUACAACUUUACAGUCGCUUGUUAUGAAAAUAAAGAAAUCAUCACAGAAUUGUUGAUUAGUAGUAAAAGAUAUUUUGUAUUUUUCAAUUUGAUUAUCUUUAAUUUUGUUUACACCAAAAUUAUAUCUGUGUUAAAAUGUUUAAAAUGAUUCUGUGGUAAUUAACCCUAAGUAUUGGUUUCUAAUGUGAUGUUUACUUAAGACUAUUUACCAUCUAAUUUAUGACUCUAUGAAUUCGGAUAGUUCAUACAUAUGAAACAGUUAAAAUUGGAACAGAACAAGAUAAACAAUAGUCAAUUGUAGAUAAUCGUUAUACAUAAAAAAAAGUGCAGAGAAAAAUUGCCUUACAGAUUAUGUGGAAUUAUUUUUUCCUGGAUAUUCACAUUUCUUGGCAAAUGUCAACUCUGUCUCAUUUGUUACAGUGUUAACAUAUGAAAGAAGGAAUAAAGUUUUUAGCUUGUC